AAUUGGAGUCCCUUGCGAUUCAAACCCUAAGCAUCUUGUCCAUUGCAAUUCAACCAUAUAAGCAUCUUCCGUGUUCAGAGUCGAAUAGAAACGACAGCUUUGAAAACAUUCUCAGCAAUGGAGGAAAUCUCGCAAUCAUCCGCGCCACCACUUGAUUCCCUCAAACUGUCCCACAAGAUUACGGAAGUCGCCGCCGGAGACGCUCACACUCUCGCUCUCACCGAUGAAAGUGGAAAAGCUGAAAUCUCCUCUCAAAAAAGAAAAAGAAUAAUGGAGGAAAUCUCGCAAUCAUCCGUUCCACCACUUGAUUCCCUCAAACUGUCCCACAAGAUUACCGAAGUAGCCGCCGGGGAAGCUCACACUCUCGCUCUCACCGCGGAUGGGAACGUUUAUUCUUGGGGAACAGGAGUGUUUGGCCGCCUCGGCACUGGAUCGGAGAUCGACCAGAUGUUUCCUGUCAGAGUUGAGUUUGGCUCUGCAGCUGUUAAGAUUGUGGCUAUUGCGGCUGGAGCUUAUCACAGUCUCGCGCUUGCAGAUAAAGGAAUGUUUGUCAUCACCAUUUUAAAAUCCUUGACUGAUACAUGGAUGACCAACUUGGUGCAAAUGGAGAAAAUUUGCUAGCUCCUCAUUUACUCAAAGGAUUCAUCGGGCUGGGUUCCCUGAAUGCCUCAAGAGAGGAAGCGGAAAACAAGGUAUUAAUGAUGUCUUCUGUUAAAGCCGGAGCAAUGAUGUCUUUAGCAAUUGACAGUCUAGGAGGUCUCUGGAUAUGGGGCAACUGCCCUCAGCCACAACAAGACAAUCCAGUUGAUGCUAAAUUCUCUAUCGCAUGCACUCCUAAUCCAACUCCUGUAUGGAGCUUUCAUGGGCACACUGUUGUUAAGGUAGCAUGUGGAUAUGAGCAUAUUGUGGCAUUAGUGACCACAGGGGAAACGUUCGACGGGGAUAAUGAUCUUGUGUGCUAUUCUUGGGGUGGAAACAGUCAUGGCCAAUUAGGUUUGGGGGAUAAAGAAAGCCGAAUCUUUCCGGAAAUCGUCAAACCCUUUGAUUCCCAAUCCCCUUGGACUGUUUAUGAGGUGGCGUGUGGGGCUUUCCACACAGCUUUACUAUCAAAGAAAACCCAAAAUGGCAUAUCAGGAAGUGUUUGCUGGACAUUUGGCCUAGGUGAAAAUGGGCAAUUAGGUCAUGGCACUAACCAAAGCCAUUUAUCCCCCGAACCAGUGAGAGAAUUGCCAAGUACUGCAACUCUCAUUUCGAUUGACUGUGGUUUGUUCCACACCAGUCUUGUCUCAUCAGCUGGAGAUGUUUGGUCAUGGGGAAUGAAAAAAGGCAUGGGUCUAUGCCCCGGUACAAGGUUCACCGGAGAUGAAACUGAUGAUGCAAUGUUGCCUGUGUUGAUCCAUUGUGAAUGUCGGCAUAAUAAGUUUCAAGAACCUGUCCAAGUUGUCUGUGGCGCAGCCCAUACGGUUCUCCUCUCAGAUUCUGGGUACAAGAUCUGGUCGUGGGGACAGGGAAGGAGCGGGGUACUUGGAACCGGUCAAACAACUGAUGCUUUCAUUCCCACUCUCGCAAUGUGGCCCCCACCUCUAGAUGAAGGUAAGAACAAAAAAGGUAAUGAAGAAAUGAGACUUACCAAGGAGGUCUUUGAAAUGCAGAAAAAGCUAAGUGCAGCCAAAAUGGAGAUAGGUCAGCUUCAAAUGAAACUAUCUGUGAUUGGAAAGUACGCUGGCAUCCUUCACAGCUCUAUAUUUGGGAAACCGUUUGAUGACACACAAGAUAUCCCUGCCUCUGUGGACAGUGGGGGUACGCUCGAAAUAGCAAAGGAGUGGAAAAACAUGUGGGAGUGCUUGGAUCUUGGAAUGCUAGUGAGGCUAGAGAUGUUUUACAGCAACAUGCUUGCUGGUGUUAAGGAUAUCAAAUUGAAGAGACGGAUCAAGGAGAUUGUUGUCGAUUGCCUUGGCCCGAUCCAGUUGUCUGGGACCGGUACCAGGUCAGGGACCUGGCCCGGUGGAGAUGGCAAGCGGGCUCCGAGCUGAUGUUUUAUCUGUGAAUGAGUUUUUUUUUUUGAAAGGGUCUGUGAAUGAGGGUUAGUACCCAUUAUUUAUGUCAAUAUAAUGCACACAAUGAAUUGUACAUUGUUAAAAAGUUGGACUUCACUUAUCGCACAUACUUUUGUACCCUUAAACACCCUCCGUUAACA